AUGGAUGCUCCGAACACAAAGCCAUAUCAUUUACCUCCUGAUGCCGUUUGGUUUAUUACCGGAUGCUCUUCUGGAAUCGGCCAAUCUCUAGCUGAGCUCAUCACGAAGACUUCAAACCGCUUGGUAGCUACAGCUCGCAAACUAUCAGCUUUAUCAAGUCUUCCAGACAACGACCGCGUCCUCAAGCUAGAGCUGGACGUCACAUCUAUUCCCGGCAUCGAGGCUGCCCUCCAAGCUACGGUAGAGAAGUUUGGUCGCAUCGAUGUCGUAGUCAACAACGCGGGCUACUCCCUCGUCGGUGACACUGAAGGUGCAGAAGACCAGGAAUCCCGAGCAGUGCUUGACACGAACUUCUGGGGUAUGGUAGACGUGACGAAGAGAGCUCUGGGAAUCAUGAGGGAUGUGAAUCCCAAAACCGGACAGCAAGGAGGUGUGAUUCUGAACCUGAGCUCCAUGGGUGGCUGGUCUGGCUUUCCGGGGGGCUCCUUUUAUCACGCCAGUAAAUUUGCUAUGGAAGGAUGGACAGAGGCUGUGGCAAAGGAGUUACCGGCUUCUUGGAACAUUCAUUUGUGCAACAUCGAGCCUGGAGGUGUAAAAACCAACUUUGCGACGUCUUCUCUCAAGCCCAUGGCCAAGAGACACCCAGCCUAUGCCGACCCUAGUUACCCUACGAAUGUCUUGUUGGCGUACAUGGAAAGUGAGGGGGGCCGUAGCUUGUGGUCAGAACCAAAUGAUCUCGCUGCAGCCAUGUAUCGAGUUGUAAGUCGCGGUCAGAGAAUUCCGAUUCGUGUGCCACUAGGACCGGAUGCCUGGGGAAUGAUAGCGAAGGACCUCGAAGACACCGAGAAAGAUCUAGAGGACUUGAAAGAUAUCAGCUUAAGCGUGGGUGACCCGAAACAGCUAGAGACUAUUAACUUUUUGAAGUAG